UCAAAUAGUAGAUGUAAUUCAGCGCUUAAAGACAGAAAAGAGUGUGCUGAGUCUGACCCUGGCUGUGGUUUGUGUGUUUGUAGUUUGUAGACAGCUAUGGGUGGGCUGGGAAAUGGGCGUCGUGGAGGAAGAUCUCCUCCUCUAAUGAUUGGCGCUCUAAUUGCCUGUAUCCUGGUUUUGGGCUUCAACUACUGGGUGUCGAGCUCCCGCAACCUGGAGCUCCAGACUAAAAUGUAUGAGUUGGAGGGCCAGGUGCGACGUGGAGCAGCAGAGCGAGGAGUAGUGGAGCUAAAGAAGAAUGAGUUCCAGGAGGAGAUCCUAAGACAGAAGGAGCAGAUAAGCCACAUAGAAAGCCUUUACAAGAGGCAGCUCGAAGGAUCUCAGAACACCUGCAGCCAAGAGAAGGGGACACUGCAGCAAAACAUUUCCUCCAGUACCAAAACCGUACAGGAACUCAAAGGUCAUUUAAAUCAGCUAAAUGAUGACCUGGGGAAGCUUCAGAAAGAGCUGCAGAGUUGCCAAGGCAACAUCAAAACCCUCAACAACAAACUCACUUAUGACAUGACCCAUUGUCACUCCCAGGUCCUGUCCCAGAAGGAGUUGUGUGAUGAGAGAGUGGCUGCUGCUAAACUGGAAGUUCAGAAGAAAAUGGAGAAGCUCAUCUCUCCUUCAAGUGUCUACUCACAGCAGGAAAAUGCAGUGGAUGGAGCAGUUAAAGAGGACAAACCAGUCAUGACUGGGGUUGAUGCAGUUAAAACAGCAACUGUUGCAAGCAACACAACAAGCAUCUCUCAGCCCAAAGGAAAUGAUCCACCUGAACUACUGACCAAGGAGAUCAUCAUGGACAAAGGUCUUGAUGCCCCAGUGGACCUGCCUCUAGAGAACGAUCUCUCCAAAGUAGAGUCCCAGUCUGUUCCCUCAGCUGCUGCAGUUAAGCAGCACAUUUUGCAACCACCAGAAGGAGCUGUCAAAACACAGGAUGGUGAGGCAGAGACCACUGAACCUUUGAAGAAUAACCUGACGGAGGAUAAAGAUGUGGAGGUGAUGGAUGCUAAUGAAGAGGGAACUCAGACAGAAGGGGCUGACCCUGGGAUGGAAGGCAUGCUGCUUGGCCAAGAGGCUGCAGAUGAGACUCCAAAUGGUCAGAAACCUGAUGAGCCGGAAGAAUAUGACGAGCAUGUCGUGGGUGGAUUCGAUUUGGAGAAACCGCAACAGAGUAAACUGGCUGAAAAUAUAGACAAGGACAUGGAGGAGGAGCUGGCUGACUAUAAUGGAGACGAUGAGAACGAAGGCGAGUUCGAAGCAGACAAACAAGCUGAGCUUGCUCAAAUCUGAGGGCUGGAGUCGGAGAAGGACUCCUGCACACGACAUAAGGAAGCAGCACCCCUCAUACACCUGCACAACAGCGCUAUAAAGGUUAAUGAAGCCCUCCUAACAGUGAAAACAAACCCAGGUGGAAAUCUCAAUAAAGGUGCUAACAAACCACGGACAUCGUCUGUCACCCUAGUUUUAGCGGUAUGCCACACACCUACUUGCUACUCUGCGACACUUGUCUGCUUUUUUUCAGACGAAGGUUGGAAUCUUACCUGAUUGGCUAUUCAGCUUAAGCAAAUUAUUGCAUGAGAAGGAAAACGGUAGUGAGGAUAGCAAGCAAAUGAUUGUCGAGAUGGCACGCACAGAAGGUCUUUAUCUCAUCUGGGCAAUCCAACACAUGUUGGGGCUUU